AUGAGUGCUAUUACUAGUAACAGCUCGUCACUCGAAAUCUAUCACGCCACGUGUGCGAUCUAUGUCACUAUUCCGCAGCCUUCAGAGUCAUCUAGGAUGACUACCGCACAGGUUGUCGAAGCUACCUAGUCUUAUCUUGAUAACGUCUAGCCAUGAAUAGGGCCUUGAAAACAGGGACCAAUCUGCGCGAUGCUGAGAAACGUAUAUUAUGACAAACAUUCUACAAAUUAGUAAGGUUCCAGCCAUGAACAGCUUUUGUUUAUAACUUAAAGAAUAGCGUGCUUUCAUUUAUGAAUAAGGCUUUAAAGAUACAAACGAGUAUCGGGGCAGGCUACCUUAGCCUACCCCUCUUAGGGCGUCAUGCAUUUACCAUCUGGUCUGGUAAAUGUCUAUCUAUUAAGAGUUCACUUAAUGUCACGAGCUCAAACGGUUUAAUGUUUACGAUCCCGAACCCUUCCAUGGCAAUUGAAUACUGUAUUCAUUUGUUAAUGUGGCUUGCAAACUAAAUGCAAUGCAUGAGACUGCAUUUCUGCAUGGUUCAAUUUGAUCUGUUUAAUACCCCUCGGGGAUUUGCCAUUUUUUAUCUCUUGGUGGUCUAUUGCCAGCUCCGGGCACGCGGAAGGAGAAAUUUCCCCACUCCAGAGCUCCUGAUCGACCUCAUACAUGUACGUUUUUUUGGGUACAUCUUUUUGAGAAGAAUAAUGAUUUCCGUGCAAUAGCAAAAUGAGACGUUUGCAGAAGUUUUAUAAAUGUUUUUAGAGUUUAUUGACAGAAGGAUAAUAAGUGACAUGUAAAAUGUAGUUAAAACAUGAACAAUACAUUUGAAAACGAAAUCGAAGAAAAAACUCUUAAGUGCCUCCUUGUUAGAGCACUUCAUAAGACCACUGGUUUGAAUCUCGGUUUAUCUAUAUAUGUUAAAAACCUUGUAUCUGUUUUCAUGUACAGUCUAUUUAAGUUGUCUUAUUAUUAAAGUGGUCUGAAGAAAUAUUUCUUUAUUUCUUUUGCAAAAUAAAAUCCAUUCGAGUACUCAUCAUACCCUCAUUCGUGCCAAAUUUUAAAACAUACCUUCAAAUACAGACUUUAAUUUUGAUAGGUAAUUCCUCUCCAUCCACUCUCCGACAAAAUCCUGCGUUUUCUCUUGAAAAUACGUAGUCUUGAGUUCCACAGCUUCGUGCAAUCCGCGCGAGAAAUAUCACGUACUUCGCAAAAACAAGAGAAGUUACUUUUGAUUUGCUCCAACUUUGUCCUUAUGAUGUAAUUAAACUACUCUGUUAUUUCUGUUGUUGUAGAUUCUACUCGUUGCUGAAGCGCUUCUGCUAGUCUCUAGUUUCUGCCCAGAAACGUUUUACCAACAUGGGAACAUAUGCUGUCGGCUUUGCUCUAAAGGCACGUAUCUCAGCCAUCCUUGUACAGAGGACCGUGGGAGUUCCUCUUGUGAGGCUUGCCCUGUAAGUUAUAAACACAUUUUUUUAUUAUUAUUAUGUAAUUUUAGUCAUUUUUCUUCUGGAACCCUCGUCACAAGGUUAAAUAAAGUCCAACUAGAAUUGGACUUAUUUCUGGCAACUUCACUGAAAGCAUAAUCAGUACUCGGUCCCGUGAGGGGUACUGAAGAAAGGUUAAUACUCAGGGAGGCUUCACCUCAAGGUCAAACCCCUUUGACAGAAAAGGCAGUCCUUUUGUAUACCUUCUACUAACAAAUGGUACCCCUUUCACAUACCUGGCUUAGAAAUUUAACCCUAACCCCUAACCCUAACCCUGUAAACGCACCGCCUUUUUCAUAUGAAUCAAUCACAAAACCAGAGCGUUUUCUUAGCUUCUUCAAAGUCCUAAAAGGUUGAAAUCCCUAACCUUUCAUAUUUCUCAAGCCUGAAAAGUUACCACCUUUUCUGGCGGAGCCUCCCCGUAUGGGCCAUUAUAGGGAGGGCCUUCCAGGGUACUCAAUAGUAAGAUGAAAUGAUGGACAGUCAAGGAUUGAAGGAACAACACAAUUAUUUCAUAGCAGACUGUAAUUUUUGGUGGAGUAUCAUAAGGAGGCGUACCCUUAUAUCAGAAAACUAAAAAAUUUCAAGACAUUUUAGGGCGACUACGAGUACGAGAUUUUCCCAAUACUGAGUAUUGCGCACGCGUGAGCCGUCGUCAUUAUGGCGGGAAAACAUGAUAGCCGUCGUCAUUCUACUACGAGUUUUAGCGAGAAUGUUGUGGCGGGAACAAGUUAUCAAAUUUUAGAAGUUUAAUUAUUUUGCCACCGGGAAAGGGCUAAACCUUCUCCAAUAAAAAUAACCGCACUAAGUUUUCACGUUAAAAAUAGUACAAAGAAGCUUUCGGGUUGAAUAUUUUUCGAGAAUACGCGGAAAAAAAUUUAAGUUGAAUCUCCUAGUCUCUAAAGCUCUCUAUUGCUUCAAUGUGUUUCACAUUUAUGUAGUCAGUGGCGUCUCACUAGAAUCUUAUGUCUCCGUACCCUGUUAGCAGAUACAUCAUUUGGCUAAGAUUGAAGAUUGAAAGCACGCAAUGACACUUUUUAAGCGAAGAUAUCAUCGCUGUUGCCGUCCUCGGCGCUCUCUAAUCACUUCAGAAACCCGGACAAGUCCUAGGGUAGAAUGGUUUAUUUGCUUUUCUUUACUUUAACAGGCCUCCACGUUCAUGGACCAUAACAAUAACAACUCCCAAUGUCAACCAUGUAGUAAGUGUGAACCAUCCCAAAUUGAACUUGAGAAAUGUGAAGCCAAGAAAAACACGAAGUGUGGCUGCCCACGCGGCAAAUUCCACAAUUCACAUUACCUCUAUUGUAUGGACUGCAAAAAGUGUCUCGUGGGAGAGGGGGUGGUGAGACCCUGCUUACACGAUAGUGAUACGAAAUGUGAACCAUGCCCAAAGGUAUGUAUAUAUAAUUAGUUAAUACCAGAGGUACAAUGUUUUAUCAACUGAACAUUUGACUGGGUAUUUUAUUACAUAUAGUUUCGUACUACACGAUGGUGUAGCACUCUUCAGAUAAAAUAGCCUAAUGAUAGAUCACAACAGUACGCUGAUUAUAACUGACAUUUUAAAAUGCAGUUACAGCAGAUACAACGCUGUUUCUCUGGGUUCUAUUAUGUAACAGAAGAGGACUUGAAAUUUUUUAACAGAAAUUUCCUAAGCCUGUCUACACGAAGAUACAAGAUCGUUGCCUUUGUUAAGAGUGGGUAGAAGUGGCUUACAGAUUAUAAAAUAUUUCUCCCACAGACAUAAAUUACACCGUUUUGAAGAGGGGUUGUAGGCGAUAGCCUGCUUCAAAAUGUUCCAGGUGAUCCGGGAGUUAAUGUUACUGCCUUUAAGGUUCCAUACAUUUUUACUUAGCUCGGUGCUCAUUCUUUUGUUAAAUGAUGCUUUAUGGUUUGGGAAGCGGCUCUUAAAAGUGUUUUCAGCUGCACAAAAUAGAAUCCAAAUGCCUAGUCAAAUCUUCAGUUGAUAAAACAUUGUCUCUCUGGUAUUCCGGCUCUAGUCCUUCUGUUGCGUACUCUGAAAGCACUUCUGCAUCAGCUCAAAUCAAGUCAUUAGUUAAUAACGGUGUCGAACAAACUGCACGUAUAUCUCACUGGCUUUCCAGUCGCUAGUUGCUUACUGGUGUAGGUAUCACUUGUACAAGUAGCCUGCGUAGCAAUCGUUUCCACGCGUGUUCGUCACGAAAGUUGGGACGAGAGCACUAGCCAUCCAUUUUGGAGAUCAUACGCAGCCUGGGGAUCAUUUGCUGUACUGUACAGUUGGCUCGGCUAGCCGGGCCCCCCUAUUCGAUUGUAGGGUUACCCAGCGAGGUCAACUCGGUUAAGGGGAGACAAUCGGAGAAUGGGCGAGCGUUGUUGGCGCGGGCAAAGGGGUCAACUUGGCUGAGAGGGUGACCCUCCUUCCCGGCACAACUUUUCCCAUAUCAGAUAAACCGGACGAGAAAAAAACUCACAUUUGCAUAGGGUAUUUUGAAAACGUCGAGGAAAUGACCAACUUGUUUCUUACUCUAGGGCACAUUCUCAGACCUAGAAAGUUUUGAAAAAAAAUGCAUCAAGUGUACGAAGUGCGAACCAGCAGGAAUUAUGAUUGUCAAAGAAGAGUGUAACGCGUCUAGGGAUACCAUCUGCGAAAGAACAAACGUUACACUUCAUUUAAUUACGUCAUCACAGAACUUUGCCUCUGGUAAGUACGAAGUUCAGUUAAACGUUCAUCAACAGGCCACCUAUUAAGCAGCCACCCUCUAUUAAGUGGCCAGUAAUCAAAGGCCCGAAAUAAUUGUAGAAAAGAAUGGGCACUUAAACCGCUAUUAAGAGGCCGCGGCCAGCUUUUGGCCGUCCCAAAGAGAGUUCUCCCCUUGUUGACACCUCUAUUAAGUGGCCAUCAAGCAGCUGAUACACUUAGUUUAGCUUCGUUUCAAGAAUAUGAUGAAGGAAAUGCUGUCCGAGAUAGAAGAUGACGAUCGAUUGUGGACCAGUAAUGCUACUCCCGUCGAGCGAUUGUUUCAAAAGUGAUGCUUCUGCAACAUAUUAUGCUAAUUGAUGACGUACCUCUAUUAAGCGGCCAAAGUUUAUUAACCCAUUCGCCCCUGAACCGCCCGUAACCGCCCCUGUGGAUCCAGGUCCUUUCUACGCUUUGUGACGUCAUCAGUUUUAACGGUCAAGGACAACUUUCUUCGCUAACUUGUGCAGAGUGAAGAGAUCUUUCAAACCAUACCAGAAUGAGCACAAUUCAGUCAAGGACACCGGAGAAAGAAGCAAAAAACCAGGUGACAAGGACCUGAAAAUCUCCAUGAAAAUCUUGUUCCAUUACCCACCUACCUUUCCUUUCACCUAAUCCUAAGAUCCUGAAAGCUUUCCUAAAAACUCUUCCCACCAAAAUGAAGCCUACUAAAUGCCCAGCAAGAGAAAAAAAAAAUGAGGCAAGAAAAGCGAAAAGAAAUUUUGCUUUCUGCGCAUGCCCGAACUUCACAAGCUGAUAUUUUGCAUCUGGAUCAGAAGGCCGCCAAGUGUACGACCUGUAAACCGGUUUGUGGUAAGUUUUAGCUCUUUAUAGCACGACAGUGACCAGAAAACCACUCGACUAGCUUCAAAAGGCGUUUUUCGGCAAAAUCUCCAGGAGCGAAUAGUUUAAGCGUUGACUUGCCAAUACCCCGAGGGUGGCCGCUCAGUGGAGAUUCAAUUGUAUUGUAGGCUAACUGACUUUGUCUUUAAAAAUUUUAUUCGAGGGUAACCGGGGUUUUUUGACUUUGCGGUUCUAUGCAUUGUUAACAUUGAUUACUCGUUAUUCAGUAUUUUGUUCUUCAAAAUUGCCGUUUGUCCUUUUCAUCGUCCUUGACAGUUUCUAGUUUGAUUUUUGGACGCUUUGUUUUCGAUGUUUGAAAGACUAUCUGGCGAAAAAUCACCCGCCCAAUUUUGCUUGCUUCCCGGAAGAAUUAAAAUAUUCAGAACCCUUCACUCGCAAUUUUUGGGUAUUCUGUCAGGAUAAUUGAAUUCUUUCGGAUUCCGUUUCUACCCAACGUUUAGGAAUAUUUUUUGGCCGUCCCUUCCCCUGGCAUCCUCGUAUUCUGCAGCCAAAGUUUUUGCAAAACCCUUCAAAACCCGCGCCAAUUAGUUUUUUUCGCUAUCUUUAUGUUCCCUAUCUAAAAACGACGCUUUUACUGACCUCCCUGUCAGUUUUUGACGUGCAUUUACUGAAUAGCAGAAAGAUAUCCUCAGAAAAUGUAGUCCACAAACCUGAUUUUCCUUUGAAAUUUCUUUCAGCCACACUUCAGCAAGUUCAUUCCGGUAGUACAAGGAAUCCUCAGCAAGUUAUAGUAAAGACUAGCUCGCAGUACAAAUACAUCAUUGCCAUCGUUUCUGUUGGCUUCAUAAUUUGUGUCGUUGUGGUAGCUUUUAUUUGUUUUGUAAAACGAAGACGAUCUGGUGAUACCUGCGCGGAUACCUCCCAUACUCAAGGUAGGUUGAAUAUCUUCGGUAUCCGGUCACCUCGCCACCAAACCAUCUCGCCACCAACGAAAAUCGCCUCCAAGAAUAGGACUUUUAAACUUUAAUGUCUUACAGUUCAACUACUCGAAUGGGGGCACUUGGAAGAAGAUCAUCCAAUCACAACGUUUUUUGAAAACAAUAGAUUUUCAGUUCCUUUCAAGUUCCGAAGUUCAGAACUAACAAAAGACGCUUUUCAUUUUCUUGCCUUUUAAUUCAAUUAGUCCAGACAUUCUAAGCUCAGUUAGAGUAUCAACUUUUAAGAAAAAAGUGAAGAAACACCUUCUCACUUAACUAAUCUCUUUCUUUCCCUCCAUCCCCUUUUUAAGCUUUGUGUUUUGUCUUUAUUUUUUUUUCCUUAUCUCUUUUUUGUUUGUUUGAUACCUUAUUUUUUUCAUAUUAUUGUUACUCUGCCUUCGCCGUUCGGUUGAAUUAAUAUUGAGUUUAUCUUUUGUAAUUUAAUAGGGAAAGCCCACGUUGUAUGAGCCUCAUGGUUUCUUUGGGCUUUCUUGCCAUAUUCCAACAGAUUCCUGUCAUUUAUUACUAUGUCCUAAUAAGGUGGCGAAAUAAAAUAAAAAUAAAAAACUAUCUAAUUUUUGCAAACGGACUAAUAAAAUUCAAGGUUCCGACUAUGCAACUGUUGAAAACUUUUUAAACUUACGGUACCUUACCUUUCAGGAAACAGCCCUCAAAUUUAUAAAUAUCAUUGGUCUGUUUGCAAAAAAAAUUGAGAAUCCUUUGUUUUCAAAAAACGUUGUGAUUGGACAAUCUUCUUCCACGUGCCCCGGUUCGAGUAGUCGCUCUGUAAGAAGUCCUAGGAAAACCCACCAAAUGAAAAGGACUUUCAUAAAUAGACAUUUUCUCUAAACCGUUACUUAAUCAUAUUUCAAAGAAAUGACUGGUACUUGUGAAAUGUUUGGCAUUUGGUAUCUGGUAUUUGUGCCAGUUUUUUAAGUGAUUGCAUGGAAGGUAAAUGUCGAACAUAAACCGAACAUUACAUGUCGGACAUUAUCCGAAUUUGGAGUGUAUUAAAAUCAUGAAAAGUUCGAAGUAAGGAUCGUCAGUUAGGAUCGAAAGAUUUUUUUUACUUCCUCUUCAAGCAGUGAUUGCUUGGCGAAGAAGUAAAAAUCCUAGGUAAGUAAUACUAUGUAAUCAAACUGAGUCUACUAUUUUUAGUUAUUCGUUUGUGGCGAGUCCAGUUCUUGGUGGUGAGAUGACUUUAAAUACUCGUCGAUAGCCAGUAUUUUACAGGAACGAAGUAAAACACAAUCUAGCUAAUUUCAACCAUUAGAAAAUAUUGUUGAAGAAGAUUGAUAGCAACUGGGCAGCAAUAGGGGUCGACCUAUAAUCUGUACUUAAGGCGAGGCCUUUCACUAAACACCGUAACUGAUCUAAUAGGCUCCCGUGACGUCUAUUUAAGUUUAGGAGCCCGAACGGGGGCGUAUGAUUGGUAAGAGGCGUUUAAAAGAUGAGGACGUUUAUUCUAGUAACCGACUUUAACAAACGCCACAAAACUAACGUGCUUACGGCGAAUAUAUCACUGCAAUUUAUAAAUACGGUCAAACUCUCGCCUUGAGGACAACCCGCUAUAGCGAACACCCCGAAAAAACGGACAGUAACUAAAUCCCCGGCAAAAACAAAUUACAGACGUUUGACUGAAAUAAACUCCCGCUAUUAUGGACUCUCGUUAAGAGGACACUAACUCGAGGUCACCAUUUUGUAGAAGUCUGUGAGCGUGAAUACCAUUUUCCGGUUCCAGCGACCGCGGGGUCAGAAACUCCGGCGCAAUUACGUUCAUCCCAAGGACUACGAGGAAGAAGAAAUCAUCACUCAAGAAACAGCAUUCACAGGAAAGAAUCAGAAUCGCCGCAGGAUGAAAAUAACGGCAAGAGUAAGUAAAGCUAUCGUGGUCCCUCUUUAUGCAUGAAACGUCCUCAUGGUUAUAACAGGGGCACCCAACGACGGUUUCCUCCUAAAUACAUUGAAAACACUUUUUAGUCUAUCUAGAGUACUUUAGAUCUCUAGAAAUGAUAUUCUAAGCUGCGCUAUAAAAUUUGUAUCUGUUCGGUCAUCCUAGGGGAACGUGAGUGUUCUCAAAAUUACAAGGGCUUCAGUAUUAUUUUCCUGAAAAUUUUAGGCGCAAUUUAACGUAUCACGAAGGUGACAAUUUUUCUGAUUCCUCCCUCCAUCUAAGUUUUGAAUCCGAAAAUUUUAGGCUUCCUAUUUGCUACGAAAAAUAGUCUAAACUGGGGAGUGAAAUGUGAAAAAUCAAGCUUCAGAAAAUCGUGGGGAAUUUAUUAAAUAAGCUUGAAAAACUGUGCAUGAAUGGAAUGGUCAUCUAGAAAUUUUUAGCCGUCCUCAAGUAAUAGAAAAUUCUAGGCAAUAUUUGGUUCUCCGAACAGAUAUUUUACCGAAAACAGUCGUUGGGUGCCCCUGUUAAGACGAUCGAACACUAUGGGCGCUUUCCAUUGAGCCCGAAAUUCCGGAAAUUUCGGUUAGAACUCAAAUGAAACGGAUCAUUUCGGUUCGGUCCAACCGGAAUAUUUGAGACCACCUUUGACCGAUCCGGUAUUUUCGGUCGGUCGGACCGAAAUGUCCCUUUCCAUUUGACAAAAUUGGUGUCUUUGCGCACGUUAACUCGGACCAGUCUCCUCGCUUUUAAAUUGGCGAAUUAAGGAAUGUGGAAGCCGUGCAGGAGAAAUAAGAAGUUAGGGUAGAUUCAGAAAAUUGGUUGAUACCUCUGGUAAAACUUUACAUACGCCACUUCUAACGUCUUUCUAUGAUUUGUUACUGCCUUGCAGACAAGAUGCUCGUCCGAGAUUUACCCGGACAUAUUUUUAUAGAACUAGGAAGACUACUAAAUCCAAAGUCUUUUAACAACUGGGCAAAAUUGGCUGGACUUCUUGGGUUUACAAGCACUCACGUUCAAAACUUUGGGUUAGAACCAGAGGAGGCGACCCAAAAUUUAUUGAACGAGUGGGGGCAGCAGGAAGGAUCGACGGUCGAUGUUCUCAUUGACAUUUUCAAGGAAAUGAAGCGGGACGACUGUCUUCAAGUGCUGAAGGAAUGGAACAGUAGCAGUUAAGGUGCGGUGGAACGGGUAACAAAAACGUGCAGCUUGUUUUGCAAAAGCUUUGUUUUGCCUUUUACCAGCCACAUUCAAACCUGUUGCAGGUUGCGAAAAGUUGUUGCAGAAAGUAGGGAGUGGUUCCACCUUGUGCCACAAAAUUUCUGCCCAUGUGCACGUUUUACCGGUCCAAGGCAAACUUGUUUUGCAGCAGGUUACGUAACUCCCGCGUAUGGCGUGACUCGAGCGUAAUUUUAUCCAAUAAGAAGUCAGUAUUCGCGCAACAUGCAGCAACAUUUACUUGUUUCAAGACAGGCUUGAACGGGGGUGUUAAAAAGUGCAACAUCGCUUUUGAACACGUUCUGCGGCAAUUUUGCAAGAAAAAGUUCCACGUUUUUGUUGCCCGUUUUACCGUAGCUUUAAAGGUUUGUUCGAGGUCUCUAUGCCAAAAGACCGAAAUGUACGAGUACAUGAAAGCCGUGAUGACCAAACACUGGUCAGUGGUGUGUACGUUCUUGAUACUGCAUUGGCCUAAGAUUAAUCAGGGGCAAGUUCUUUGCAAUUUGUUUGAGCGUUCGGUAGGCAAAGUGCCCCCUGAUUCAUGUUCUUAUGUGUUCAGAUGAAACUUCAAGGGUGAGAAGAAUGAAGGGAUUUUUUCUCAAACGCGUUUGACGUGACACUCGGUUGAGAAGUGCCCUUCCCAGCGCGAAGAACAGCAUGUUCUACAGCGUGUAUAUAACAGCAUGUUCUACAAUGCUUUUAGUAUUCCUAAGAUGCAGUCAAUGAUUAAUUGGUUUAGAAAUAAUAGGAACUGAUGAUCAAAAGUUAACAAUUACGGUACUUUUUAUUCUUUUUAAAUGCUUAAAUAUUAAAAAGCUGCCAAGUGUUUUAGUUCGGCUAUUGAAACGAAACGUUUAGGUCUAUGGCCAACUUUAGCCUAAGCAAACUUACAGUACUAAAAUCCCCUUUGAAAACUGAUCGGGAAGUAACAAUCCGAGUUUGAUUUAUACCUUCUAAAGCCAUGAUUCAGAUCUACACUUAUUCAUCUCUUACUUACAGUACUUCAGGCAGCGAGUUUAGAACCUUUCCAAGGUUUUGGAGGACCUCUCUGUUAAACGUUAGAACUACAUUGGCAAUUUGUUAAUUGAGGUUAUUCGCAGGGUCCGUUCGUACGAUCGCAAACGUAGGCAGAUAUUUGUGACUAAUCUCUUCGAUCGCAAAUUAAUGGACCAUUGAAGUUCUGCAUUCAGUCUCAUAUAAGCAUCCACCAGUUUUCUGGAUUUAUCCAAGCAAUGAAAGACACAACGUGGGAUUUUCAGAGUUUAUUCAAUUUAUUGUUACUCCGAAAUACGGUCAAUCGCACGUACGCGUCAAUAGAAAAUCAGCAAUAAGCCAAUUUACAGUUGUACGUUGAACAACCCAGCCUAUGAGUGGAAGCGAGGCUGGCGGUGACUUUCGUUUUGGUAGAAACCACGUUAUGCAUAAGAAUAUGACUAAAAUAUGAAAAGCAGUAAGGCUUUCUUUUUGCGCUGCUCCCGAAACCGGAAGCCGCGCAUGCCAUGAAAAGUCCUUGUCACCCAUGGUAUCCUUUCUGACCCCGCGGCUGUAAAACGUAGCGAAUGGUUUACGGCAAGAGAGAUCCUCUCUUGUUUACAGUCGACUCUCUUUUGACGGACUUCUUGAUAAGACGCACACCUUGGUGAAACGGACGGCUAGGGUUGGUCCCUUUAUUUGACUCUCUGUUAGACGGACAUCACCCUUGAAACUACACUUAAGGGCUUCUGUCUUAGAGAGAGCUGACUGUGUUAGUUGGCACAAUCUUCAAUGUCGAUUUUGGUUAGUUUAUGGUGCCACUACUGCAGCUAACAUGUAACGCAAAUUCUUUACCGAGCCUAAGCGCUCAUGGCUUCCAUUCUUUCAUGGAUUGGUGAGAGCAUUCAAAUGUUAUUUUAAAUUACUGCAACCAGUAACAGUUUAGUUAAAAAAUAAUUGUUUUAAAAAGACAUUUUCGGUUAAUUCUAUUGAGGAUGUAAGUGAGUAACUUCACAUUAAAGAUAGUAGCUUAUAUAUUAUAAUAAUUGCUUGCUGAAAAUCGACACUUCGUUGCGAAGACUAUCACCAAAAAAGUCGUUUCUUCGGAGUAUUCCUCUCUAAUUUAGAAGAUCUUCUCUUUCAUUUGAUAGGGACAAGGUCUAGACUAAGUCGAAAUUUGGCGGUCUGUUCGAAAAGCCUUAUAUUUAGUCACACUCAAUAAUUCAUUCGCAGAAAUUUCGAUAGACAUUUGUGUCAAAAGGUUUGAGGCUGACCUGAGACAUGUCUGGUUUUAGAAACCCCUCGCACAUAGUCAAGUUAGGAUUCAGAAAAGAGUUGUGAGGAAAGCUUGAGGAUGCACGAUGAGUUGAGAAAUAUUUUCAAAUAGAGAACCUGUCAGAGAUGUUCCGUGUAAGCUUACGAUUUGUGAUAAUGGGCACAAAAUAAUGGAGGUGAGAUUCUAGGUAUCUUUCACAAUCUGCGAAGAGUGGAUCGGCCUGGAUUUCGUCUAUAAUAGAUUGCAAUAUUGUGGAGCGAGCACAAUUGUAUAUUUGUGACUCAUUCAUACUGUAAAUAGUAAGCUUACGCGGAACAUUCCUGAUCAGUUCCUGGAGUCAAUAUCGAGGGAGAUCCGUGGAUCAAAUCCUAUGUUGUUACCACGCAACGAAGGUCAUAAGUAGUGUUUUUACAUGAUAUGAUUAGUUUUUCUGUAUUUUCAGGGGCGUAACUACCGGUGCUAGAGUAUGCGCGCAAGUACCAAUAACAUUUCGAAGAUAGCUAAAAGACAAAAAAGAAAAGAAAGCAAGGGCAAAAGAUAAAUGAAGGUUGACCGUUAACCUCGUCCCAAGGUUGUUCUUGUUUUCCAAUAUGGUGGCGGCAGGAAAGAUGACCCUGGGACACAGCAGAUCACGUGACCUAAAUCUACGGAGAUGGAGAUGGAGAUUAUAUUCAAAAUGGCGGCCAAGAAGAAGCCGUGAGAUGAUCUGGGAACAAGACUGACAAAGGCAAAGUAAAAGCAAAAUAGAGUGUGAAGGAAAUUUUUAUCAAACAAAAUAACAGCAUAAAAGCACAAAUACCAGCAGCUCUUUUUUCUUGCCGCUGCCAUAUUGGAAAACAAGAAGACACUGUGGACGAGGUUGGGAUAACCGGUGCAAUUGCCCGGCUACGUCAUUUGCCUUUAACAUCUUCAAGAUUGGUUUGUUUCAGUUCCCUGAUGUUGCCACCCGCGAAAGCCGUAUUAACUCAGGGGCGGAUCUAGGGGGAGGGUGCAGGGGGUGCGCACCCCCCCUCCCCGAGAUGACCUGCGGUUUUCUAAUACAACUGGUAUUCUGCCAAAAAAAAAAACUAUGUGGUUUAUUGGUGUUGAAGUAGAGCAGGAGACGAGUGCACCCCCUCCCAAAAAAAAUCCUGGAGCCGCCCCUGUAACUGCUGCCUGAAGAGCCAAUCCAAAGUCGAAGAAAGGUGAUAACCUCACCAUAUUGAAGAAAAAAAAUGGAAACGUAACGUUCGGGGAGACAGGGUAGGGUUGAUUUUGAAAUUUGCGCGUACCUCGUGAAAGUUUCUAGCGACGCCCCUGAUUUUAGGGAAAAGAUGAAAUUUAGGAUUUUUCUGAAAUUUUCGUAUCUGUAAGUAAUUGAAAGGGGUCUGUGGAAUGAAUAUGUAUAAGCCUGAGGCACUUUAAGAAAACGGAGGUUCUAGAGCUACAUAUUAAGCAGUAAAUUUAUCAGACUCAGUAUUUGUUAACUUAUUAUAAAAUUAAGGUUCAUAUUGAAAGUCGACUUUAAAAGGAAAUAUUGUAAGAUAAUUUAUUAUUUUGUUAAAGAAAAUCUUUGAAGACUAUCAAGAGAGGACGUUUAUAAGCACCCUACGUUGCUUCAGGUUUGCAUUAUUUUUGUACAGAAAUAGUACAUUUCUAAAGAUGAUCGGACGUAAGCUCUUCUCAAAAUAGAGCUGUUUUCAAAAGAUUUUGUUGUUAUCACCAUGGCUAAUUUGCAGGGCAGAGAAAGCCAGUGAACAGCUAGCGUGCAUUGCAGGUGUUUUCUGGUGACUACAAGCAAGAAAAUCCGCGCGCGUCACUCGCCUGAAAAAAUAAAACGCCUGCAUUGCAAGUUAGUUAUUCUAGUUAAAGGCAUGCUUGCGUUGCAGACGUAAUCUUAUUCUGGUUAGUAACGUCUGCGCGACAAAGCCCAUGUCUUUGUUCUGGGCCUCAAACGGACUCAACGAAUUAGCGGAAUUUCCCUUCAACCUGAUUGGCAAAUUGACAAUGGCAUUUUUCACAGGCCAUUUGUGGCGUGUACUCAGAGUACACUGUACUCGCUUGGGUCCCAGAGCAAGGAUUUGACGCUGUUUUCCAGAUGGACUUAGCCAGAAGUAGGCGUACUGUACUCAGAAACGAAAAAUUGGCCAUUUUGAGCUCAAGCGGGAGACUGGUGGGUGUUGUUUCCUGUUGCACUAUGGGAUUGUUUUGUGGACCC